AUAGUCACCAAGGAAGGGAAGGUGAUGCUACCGAGAAGGGAAGGGUCAAAAAAUGUAGGGGACCUCCCUCCCAAAGGCAACUUACUCAUCCUCAUCAAUCGAAAUCGCCCUUGCGUGAUGAAGCUCUGCAGCUACCAUCUUUACUUCGCCCAACGGAUCUAUCUCUAGAAUGGGCUCUAUGGGGGAUAACAAGGAGAUGUCGUGCAGCCUUGAAUUCUAACUCUAGUUUUGACUUCCACCGACUUGG